UAUUGCACCAGUUCAGCAGUGCAGGAACAGAAAACAAACCCUAUGUAACGUGAAUUAUAGAUCGGGCCUAGACGUAUAAGGUAUCUGGAGCCACGUGUUGAAAGAAAGAAAACAAGAAAAAGUGCUCGUGAUUUUAACUGCUUUUUAAUCUACUUUUACAUUCUAUUAACAUGUCAUCAUUAUUCAAUAGCGAUAAUUCAGAUUCUGACGAAGAUAUUAAAAUUAAUUCGGAUUACGCUAAGGAUUAUGAUAAUUGGCGUCAGAAGGAAGAGUUGAAUAAAUUAAAAACAAAAUAUGAAGAAGUUAUCAUGGACGACAGCAGCUCAUCUGAUGAUGAAGAUGAUGGAAAUAUUGAAAAUUUACAAUUUGAUAGAGAAUUUUAUAAAACUUUAGCAUGCUUGAAGAAAAAGGAUCCAUGCAUAUAUGAUAAAGAUGUUAAGUUCUUUAAUAAUAUCGACACAUCUGGAACAAGAGAACAUGUUGAAACAGAAAACAGGAAAGAAAAAAAGUUAAAAGAAAAGGCUAUCUUUUUACGAGACUAUGAACGUAAAAUUGUAAUGGAAAGAAAUGGAAUGUUUAGUGGCAGUGAAGGUGAAGAUAAUACAGAGGAGAAUACUAAAGUACAUACUUACACAAAAGAACAACAAGAAAUGAAAGAUAGUUUCAAGCAUGCUUUAAAAGAAGAAUCUGAAGAUACAGAUGAGGAUGCUGACUUUCUGAAAAUAAAACAAAAGACAGAAGAUGAUAAGCAGGAGGAGGAGAAUUUAUAUAAGAAAUGGUUAAAGGGUCAAAAGUUGGAAAUAGAUACUCAAGAACAAGAGGAACUUCAACCAUUACGUGAUUUUUGGACAGAUCCUAAUUUAGAUACAAAGGAGAAAUUCUUAAGAGAUUAUAUCCUAAAUAAUAAAUACAUAGAUAAAGAGUUUUCCGAUGUAGAGCUAGAUUAUGAUCAAAUUGUUCACGAUAGCGAUAAUAAUUUAUCGGAAGAUGAAAAGAAUAUCGAGAAGCAAGAGGAAUUUGAACACAAGUACAAUUUUAGAUUUGAAGAGCCUGAUCAGGAAUUUAUCAAAAGAUAUCCGCGAACUAUGGAAAACUCAAUGCGGAGGAAAGAUACACGUAGAGCGCAAAAAAGAGCGGAAAUCAGAGAAAGAAAGGAGGAAGAAAAACAGCGAAAAAGGGAAGAAUUGAAGCAAUUAAAGGCACUGAAGAGAAAAGAGAUAGAAGAAAAAAUAGAAAAGUUGAAAGAAAUCACAGGAAAUGAUGAUAUGCGUUUCGAUAGUGUCGAUUUUGAUACAGAUUUCGACCCGAAUGAAUAUGAUAAAAAAAUGAAAGAACUUUUUAACGAGGAAUAUUAUGCUGGCACUGAAGACAUGAAGCCGGAAUUUCCAGAUAUUGAUGAAGAAUUAGAUAUUGAAAAUACGUGGGAUAACUAUGACCCGAAUGCAAAUGAAAUUGAUACGCCACAUGAAGAAACUCAUUGUGAAGAUCCAGAUUUUAACAUGGAUGCUGAUUAUGAUGGAUCUCAAGAUUUGCAAUCGGAACUCGUAGAGAGUACCAGAAAGAGAAAGAAAAAAAGACGCUCUAAGUUUGCUAUGCUUAUGGCAAAGAAGAAACCAAAAUUUGAUCCGAAACAGUUCCCUUUAUAUGAAGAAUAUUUUGAUCAAUAUUACUCAUUGGACUAUGAAGAUAUGAUCGGGGAUUUGCCUUGCAGAUUUAAAUAUAGAAAAGUAGUACCAAACGACUACGGGCUAAGUGUUGAAGAGAUUUUAAUGGCCGAUGAUAAAGAGUUAAACAAAUGGUGUUCUUUAAAACGAGCUCUUCAACAUAAAUCCGAGCACGUAGAAAUGCAAGAGAUUCAAUCGUACAAACAAAAGGCAAAAAAUGAAAUGUUCAAGCGGAAAAUUCUCAAGAGCUUGUAUACUGAAUCAGACAAACAAGAAAAUGGAAAUGCGAGUGCGGAUGAGCAAACGGCAAACGAUGAUACUAGCAGUAAGAAGCGUAGGCGAAAGAAGAAAAUUAAAAAUAAUUUUAAUGUGGACUCUAUUAACAUUAACACCAUUUCUGAAAAAAGGGUUGCAGAAAUCACCAAAGAUAACACACAAAAUAAUUCUCAUAAUAUCAAGAAUGAUGCAGAACAAGAUAAAAUUACGCAAGAAAAAAAUACAGUAAAUAAGAGUAACGAGAAGAAACGAAAAAAUAAAUCAAGAGUUGAUAGUAAUAGCUCGAAGCUGAAAAAGAUAAAGACGGAUAAUAUAAAGAAGGAAAGCUUGCAAAUAAAAGUGGAUAACAAGAUAGAAAAGAAUAACGAGGAAACGGCACCCGUGGGUAAAACAGUAGUCAUUCAGAAAAGAAAGAAUAAAACAAAGGAAAAGAGUAAGCUACAAUUAAAUAAAGUAAAAAGAAACAAAAACAAAUCAAAUAAUGAUAACAUCAACUCGAUGAUGUCCUUGAACGUAGAACGACUAAAAACGUACGGUAUAAACGCAAAGAAAUUCAAAAAUAAGUUGAAGUAUGGCAAGAAAAAGUUCUGAAUGUUAAUCUCUUGCAUGUUUUUGUAAAUAUAUGAUUCUUUGUAAAACUACGAUUUAGACGAUUCAUUUUUCUAUGUAAUUAGUAAACCUAUGUUUUCUAUCGUAGUAAAAAGACAUUGAACUUUGUUAAUAUUUGUAAUAUCCAAUCCAAUAUUAAGAUGAGUCUGUUCUUGGACAAUAAACGACGUUCUAUCA